AAGAGGAGGAGGAGGUUGCAGUUUCAGAAAUUCGAACAGUUGUGCGCACUGAACGACAUGUGCACGAUUCAAAAGAUGGUGAGCGAAGUUUUGAUACUGGUCCUAUUGUGGAGGAACGCACAAUAACAACUACAUAUGAGGAUGAUAUUGCUGUAAAUGAAGAAAUUGUUGACAAGAUAGUGCCUCUCAACGAAGAAGAGCAGGAGAAAUGGGAUCGAAUGGUUCGAGAAGUGGAGAUGAAUUUGGAGGAGCAAGAAGCACCAAAAGAAGGAACGCUUAACUAUCAGUUAAUACAUGGGGAGAAAAAAAGCGAUGAUGGUGUCACCCUGAAAACGACAAUGGAGAGUAGUCAUAUAACGCAGGUUUUACCCGAUGAAGCUAAAAUAUCUAAAGAAACAGGAUUAAGUAGCGGGGAUGCAAGUAUUGUUAUGACUCCGGCCGAAAAGAAGGAUGAUCACAUUAUAGGUUCGUGA